AUGAGGAGUAUGUUUUGAAGAGGCUUCUGCCUCUCGGCUGUUUGAUGAUACGGUUCUUCGGCACCCAGCGUGUUAUUCGCAAAUGAAGCUGUUCCAUAGUCCCCAUGAAACGCAAAUUAUUGAGCGGAAAUACGGCAGCACCGUGGGGAUGGCUAGAUAAGAGACAUCUCGAGGAGAGUCAUCUAGCAAGUAUAAAGAGGCGACGAAGUUGACAGAAAUUACAAGUCUUCUCAAUCAUCCAGCUUUCCAACUUUUAACUCACACUUCAAUUCAAACAAUCAGCUUGAGAACUCGCUAGUCGAUUCUCUUGAAUACCAGCUUCCAGCCUAGCUUAUAUCUAUUUUCAUCCGAUCUCCCUACCAAUUACUCAAUUCGUUCGCCUCUGCCAGUCAGACGCCACAAUGCAUUCCUCUACCUGGAAGUCUCUGCUUGUCCUAGGGCUGACACAGUUGGUCGCCGAAUCAGCGGCAGCACCAACUUCUUGUCCUCAGCCCAGGGUUAAGCCUGGACGGGCUAUUUAUAUCACAAGCAAUGAGCAGCAGAAUAGCAUUAUUGCCCUGCCGAUUGGGGCCAAUGGACUGCUAUCCGGCGGCACACUCACUUCAACAGGCGGCUCAGGCUCAAGCAUCCUGGAGCAGAAUGGCAACGUGAAAGCGCCUGCAGUCUCCGACGUCUUGUCCUCUCAGUCGGCCGUGACCGUGGUUGACAAUUAUCUGUUUGCCGUCAAUGCCGGUUCCAAUACCGUCUCCAUGUUCGCAAUCGAUCCGCUCAACCCGACCAAACUCACCAUGGUCGGCAAGCCCGCUGCCGUGCCCGGCGACUUUCCCGUGACGGUUGGCGCAUCGGCGAAGAACAAGCUGAUUUGCGUUGGAGCAACAGGCGCCAAGUCUGGUGUCUCCUGCGCACCUUUCUCUUCAAAGGGCCUGGGCCAGAUGGACCAGCUUCGCCCGGUUGGCUUGAAUCAGACAACACCUCCUGUCGGUCCCCCUAAUACCAUCGCCCAGGUAUUCUUCUCUGAAGAUGAAAAGACGGUGUAUGCUUCCGUGAAAGGCGACCCGGCCACAAAUACCACCGGAACUUUGGGAGUUUUCGCCGUGGAACAGCCUUGUGACGGUCGUGGAGCUGUCGCUGUUAGCCAGGAGGGGAAGCUGAAUCACCUUGACGAGACUGUCGUUCUCUUUGGCGCGACGAAUCUUAAGGGUUCUUCUAACAUCAUCGCUGCCGAUGCAGCAUUUGGAGCUGUUAUGCUAUCCGUCGACACCGCAAGUGGAGCUGCAAGCGUCAAGAACGUUGUUGACAUUGCUGGCCAGAAAGCUACAUGUUGGGCUGUACUGUCUCCGGAGACGAACACAGUAUUUCUCUCAGACGCUGGGGCCGACCGACUGGUCGAAGUAUCCUCGACCGAUGGCAGCAUCAAGUCCGUCUCCAACCUCGGUACUAACGACCCUGGCUUCAAUGACCUGAAGGCUGCUGGCAGCUUCAUCUACGCCUUGAGCCCUGGUAAUACAACCGUUGGACCAGCUGUGACUGUGUUUGAUGUGGUGAGCAAGAAGGUGGCUCAACACUACCAGCUAAAGGGAUCAUUUGCAACCAGCAAGGUUCAGGGUGUUGGCCUUCUGGUGUAAGGUACGAGGGGGAGACUAUGACUGGUUUGGAAGUGUGUAGGGCUCUGGUAGUCCGUCUGAUUUUGAAGGGUCUUCGCCCAUGUAUAAAAAACUUUGCGCAUAAUUUAAAUAGUCUAGAUUCAUUUCCUAUUUCUUUUCUCUAUUUCUUGAUUUUCCUAUGAAAAUAUAGUAAGAUUCUCUUAUUUCUUGAUUUUCCUGUGAAGAUACGUCCUAUUUAGUAGGGGUUUGAUGGAAGUGACCUGGG